AUGCCGCCUGCAUCCAUGGAUAACGAGUCCAUCGCUUCUUCGGACUUUGCCUCUGACGGCGAGGACGGUGAGGGGAUGAGCGCUGGCUUCUCUGUGUCAGACUCAGACGAAGGCGAUGCGCCGUCGGUUGACCCGACAGGCGCGGGCGGCGUCGCUCAGAAGAAAGGAGAAGGGCCUUGGCGGUUGGAACUGAACUCGAAUCUUGCCUCUCAGGCGCAUCGACUAGCUCUGAAGGAACAGAAACGUGCAAGGGGCGAGAAAGAGGGAACGCUGCGGCUGACAGCGCCCGAGCAGUCCCCAGAGAGUCAGAGAAAGAAAGGCCAGCAGAUCCAAAAGCAGCAAGGCAUCAUCGCAGAUCUCCUUGCUCUGAGGAUUCGUCUCAAUGGUGCUCUGAGGGGCUGCAAUCGCCUUCCAAACGCUCACAUGUUUGCACUGCUGAGUGAAUUCAUGGGGAACGCGCGGAAGGACUUGAAACAGACACGAGAGAGAGAGCAAGGUGCCACAGCAAAUGAAGAUUCAUCUUCGCCGUCCGCGGGCACGGUUUCGACUUCGCUGUCUGUCUCUUUGAAUGGCCUGAGAGAAGAAGCUGCGGGCCUCGUUGAAGACUUGCUCGCCUUACAAGGUGCACUUCUUGAACAGAACGGCUUUCGCGCAGAUUUUGAAGAAGAGGACGAAGAAGAAGAUGACGCGGCAGCCGUAGCCGCGGAACGCAGUGGAGCCGAGCAUGAGGACUCUUGGGAGCGACGACGCCUUCGCUGGCGACAGGCCCAGAGAUCUCUAAGGCACAGGCGCACCGACGAUGCUGAAGCUGAGGAUGCAGAGGCGUCACGGGGAAAGGAGGGCGGCGGCAGCAAGAAGAGAAAGGCCGCGGCAGUUUUGUCUUCUGAUGAAGAGGACGCGUUCACUGACGCGGACGAAGCAAAGACACCUGUGGAACUCAGUGUAUGGACAGACACCGUGGACGCCUUUUGGCGGCGGAAAGCCAGGCGGCUGUGUCUGGAAAAUGCAGAUGCCUGGCAUGCCACCGUCGAUCCGCGAUCCCAGAGCUUUAGGUCGAUGAGUCAACCGCCGUCGCAACAACUGCAUCACGCCAUGACUACCCAGUAUUCUCGUCUUCUGACCCGCGCGCUCCGGUCAGCUCAUAUUCCUCUCUCUGCGACGGCCUCUGCUACCGCGCGUUCUGCUGCGCCAGACCCAACGAGCAGACAUGGCGAAAGUGGCUCAUCCAGUGAAGGAUGUGUGCCUUGUCAUGUUGUCGGGUGUUCCACGCUGCAAAAACUUGUUCACCGCUCUGGAGAAGGAGAGCGAGAAGCAGCGGGCACCGCGUCGAUUCUCGCCGACCUUUUGAGACACGAUUUUUACGACGACGGAGAUUUCUACGUCGAACUACUCAAGCAGGUGGUGAAGCAAGGUGGAGCCUUGGAUUCGUCAGACACCCUUGACAAAGAAAAAAGCCUCUUAAAACUGCGAAACAAGCUGAACCGUAACCGGACAGACGUGGAUCGUCGCGCCUCUAAGGGAAGAAAAAUUCGGUAUCAGCCCAUCGAGAAACUUCAGAACUUGGUGGCCGCGAUUCCGUGGCAGCCAAAUGUAGAUGCGCUCCCUGGUGCCGGAGAUGAAACCAUGGUGAACAGGCUCAUGCGCCAACUGUUUGCCGACGAUUGA